AUUUAAGGGUUGCAGCCCAAAUGAUGCAUAAAUAAACUUAUUUUCCCAACACAUUUAUUUGUUUUGUAAAUUUCCACUUUUGGAUAAAAUGCCGAAAUGAGACAUAUAUUUAUAUAUGUAAAUCCUGAAAGUGGAGGAAGGAACGCAUCACAUUUUAUAAAGCAAGGUGUCAAGUCCCUUGAGUUGACCAAGCCUGAGCCACUGACUCUACACAUCUGUUCCAUUUUCGAAGGCGAAAGCGGAAAUAAACCAGGCUUUAUACAACUCAGAGAUUUUUUGAGUUAUGAGGAACCCCAAGAAUUGGUUUUUGUAAUUACCGCUGGAGGUGACGGUACGUUAACCUGGGUGGUGUCUGAGGUUGAAAAACAUUCAAUUAAUCCCGAUUUACUUUGUUUCGGAAUAAUACCAUACGGAACAGGAAAUGACUUUGCAAGGGCUUUGAAAUGGCACAAGUUUCGUAAUUUGAAGCCAUUUGAAGAUAAUUUUAAACCGCUUAUGACAUACUUGAAUAAAUUAAUGAAAUCUGACCCAAUUAAGCAUGAUUUCUGGGAUGUUUAUUUGAAACUUAAUCCCGGUGGAAGUUUUAAUAAAAUUAACUCCAAAACAAGACUUAAAGAGAACCUGUUUGAUAGUGAUGGGAACUUAAUUGAAUCCAUGAAGUUUAAGAUGGGUAACUAUUUCAGUAUUGGUACGGAAAGUCGAAUCGGCAGAGGUUUUGAUAGACGAAGAACCAGAUACUCAUGCUUCAAUAAAUUUAGAUAUAUUCUGGAGGCUUUUAAGAAGACUUUUAUGGGUUUGGUGUAUGUCAAUAACCAGGUUGAAAGAAUGGUUUACGGAGAAAAUGAAGAGAUAUUAUUUGUAACUGACCCAAAAGAAAAGAAUCUCCCAGUUUUGCUCAAAUCAGCAUCGCUAGUUGCAUUAAACAUCCCGAGCUUCUCUUCAGGAAUUGAUGCAUUUUCCUUAGCCUCGGGAAUUGCAUUAAAAAACGUUUCAGAAGAAUAUAAAAAAGAGCUUUUAAUUGCGGAUCAAGUCAUGGGUGACAAGAAGUUGGAAUUUUUUUGUUAUAGAGAUAUGAAGGAUGUUGGAUUAGAUAUCCUAAAAUUCGGAAAGUCCAAACGACUCCAUGUUGGAGGUGGGCCCUGGAAAAUAAUAUUUAAGGAUUUAUCUAAAGAUGAAAAAUGUUACUUUCAGGUGGAUGGUGAAUUUUUUGUAAUGUAUCAACCCAAGCUAAUAGAAAUUAAACACUAUAAAACAAUUAAUGUUGUCAAAUAAUUUUUAAUCUUUUAAAAA